GCGGCGACGACGAGGGGAUGAGGGAGCGGGGUCCCCUCCCCCUGCCCCUGCAGCCCAUCCCGGUGCGGGGCUGAGGAGCUCGGGCAGGGGAAGCCGCGGGGCUGCGCCACGUCCCUUGCCCGGGCCGGGAGCGGGCGGCUUUUGUGUCUGGGCGCAGCCCGGGAGCGGGGAUCAGGGCUCUCCUCAGAGGGCGCUGUGUGUGUGAGAGAGGGAGAGUGUAUGUGUGUGUGAGAGAGAGGGAGAGUGCGUGUGUGUGCGUGUGUGUGUGCGAGAGCCGACCCCGGGCCCGGACCUCCCGCCUCCCGCUGUCAGCAGCUCCAGCGGCUCCCGGCGCGGAGGCGGCGGCAGAGGCAGCGGGCUUGAUCCCCGCACAUGCCGCCCGCCCCAGGCGGGGGACUGCCCCCAGGCCGCGGUCCUCCCCGCCGUUCCUAAACCGCCGACCCCCCGCGGGCCAGGCCGCCCCUAGGCCCCGUCCUCCUGCCAAACUUUGCAAAGUCGGGCCCGCGUCCCCCGCGCCCUUGGCCGUUCCCAGGCUUGGCGGCGGCGGCACCCGGAGCAGCGGCAGCCCCGGCGGCUGCGGGGAGAGGAGGCGGAGGCGGAGGCGGCGGCGGCGGCGGCGGCAGCAGCAUCAAAGAGACGCGAUUCCCGCUGCCUGGGGGGGAGUCAUGCUUUGCAGUCUGUAAUGUCAGCAGAACAGGAGAAGGAUCCCAUUGCGCUGAAGAGAGUUCGAGGUGGUGACAGUGGACUGGAUGGGUUAGGAGGACCAGGUGUACAACUUGGAAGCCCAGAUAAGAAAAAGCGAAAAACAAAUACCCAGGGGCCUUCUUUUCCUCCACUGUCUGAAUAUGCCCCACCACCAAAUCCAAAUGCUGACCAUCUAGUAGCGGCUAAUCCAUUUGAUGACAAUUAUAAUACCAUUUCCUACAAGCCUCUACCUUCAUCAAAUCCAUAUCUUAGCCCUGGGUAUCCUGGAUUUGGAGGCUACGGCUCAUUCAGGAUGCCACCUCAUGUACCUCCAAGAAUGUCAUCCCCAUACUGUGGUCCUUACUCACUUAGGAACCAGCCACAUCCAUUUCCUCAAAAUCCUUUAGGCAUUGGUUUUAAUCGACCUCAUGCUUUUAACUUUGGGCCACAUGAUAAUUCAGGUUUUGGAAAUCCAGCAUAUAAUAGUCCACUAAGUCAGAAUGUUAAUAUGUCUAAUCAACAUUUUAGACAAAAUCCUGCUGAAAACUUCAAUCAGAUUCCUCCACAGAAUGCUAGCCAAGUAUCCAAUCCAGACUUGGCAUCUAAUUUUGUCCCUGGAAAUAAUCCAAAUUUUACCUCCCAAUUAGAAUCAAACCAUUCUUUUAUCCCUCCAUCAAACACUUUUGGUCAAACAAAAGCACCCCCACAAAAACAAGACUUUAGUCAAGGAGCAACUAAAAGCGCUAAUCAGAAUUCUUCUGCCCAUCCUCCUCAUCUCAAUAUGGAUGAAACUGUAAACCAGGGUAAUAUUGACUUGAAAAAUGUUAGUCGAAACAAUACAGUAAAUCAAGAAAGCAACCGUUCCAACAGCACUGAUAAUGCAAACAGUAGCCAUGCAAAUGGAACUCAGAAUAAGCCCCGUCAACCCAGAGUUACAGCUGAUGGGUGCAAUUCUGAAAAGAGCAGCAAAACUACUCUCCACCCAAGUCGACAUGGCCAUUCAUCUUCAGACCCAGUAUAUCCUUGUGGCAUUUGUACAAAUGAAGUGAAUGAUGAUCAGGAUGCCAUCUUAUGUGAGGCCUCAUGCCAGAAAUGGUUCCACCGGAUCUGUACAGGGAUGACUGAAACAGCUUAUGGCCUCCUGACUGCAGAAGCUUCAGCAGUAUGGGGUUGUGAUACCUGCAUGGCUGAAAAAGAUGUCCAAUUAAUGCGCACUAGAGAAACUUUUGGACCACCUGCAGUAGGCUCUGAUGGGUAAUCAGUAGUUUUUUAGAGUAGUUUUUUUCAUGGUUAUUACAUAGGAUCUUAAAGUUUCACAUUAUAGAAACAAAGCCAGUUAUUUAUCCUUUAGUUUUUAUGAUAUUUAGCUCCAGUAACUAUUGUAAAUUUUUCGUACAAUAUUUGCUUAUUUGUUUUUGUGUAAUCAGAAAUAUAAAAAGCCUCUUUAAUCUUCAAAACAAUCUGCUAAAAUUUAAAUUGGUCACAUAGGUUGUAACUGUAAAAAAACCAGAAUUAGUGAAUCUAAAUAUAUAUUUUUAAUGUAUAAACUGUACCAAAGUGCUGAACUUUGAAAACACCAUAUAAAACACUGAGUUUAGUGUCCCCUUUUGUAAGGGUCCAUUUAGCUUGUUUUAAGAACAUUUUGUGUGUAAGUGAAACACAAAUGGGAAACCACUAAGGUUUUAUAAAUUUUUAAGAGAACGAUAUCAGAUUUUUCCAGCUAUCUCAAUUUUAGUUACCUUCAUGUGCAAAUAUUCCUUCUCAGUGCAUAUGUAUGUAUGUUGUAAGUAGGAAGAUGUUAUACACAUACAUAGUAGGAACUAAAUUCUGGUAAGUUUUUUCUGUUUGACUUUAAUUAGAGGUAAGUAGUAAAAAAAUCCUCAAAAGCUGUGGUAAAUACAACAUCUGCACAUUUUUAGGAAAUUUAAAAAUAAAUGAAUGCCAAACCUGGGUAGAUAGCAUUUUGUGAAAAUUAGCGCUUAAUAAAGCAGGUUAAACUAUAGUAUGUUCUUUUCUCUUUUCCUGCCAUUUGGUAGUCCAUAAUGUGUGAAAUUCCUAGUUCAUCUACAUUGUAUUUCUGUUAGAAAUAUGUAAUUGCUCUAAACUUUUUAAGCAAUCAACCUAGCCAACUACAAUUUCUUUUGAUUUUUGUGUGGAGAUUUUAAAAAAUCAUUCAUUGCAUGCUGUAUUCCUAUUCUUAGAAUGAGAUCAUGAUUUUUUCUGUUUUUGUGUAUAAUAUACAGAGCUGGAUAGAUAUUGUGAAUAGAACCUUUCAGUGUUUGUUCUCAGGAGUCCACUCAACAUUCUACACAAUAGUACUUGCGUUGUAUUCUGUGCUUAAAUUGAUCCUGUAUUUCCUUUAGCUCUUUACUUAAAAAAAUUAAUACCUUUUAUAAUGUGCAGCCGGCUAUUUCUAUGAAAGUGAAAUAAAUUUACCUCUCCCAAGCAAAUUUAAAGAUUUGUAACAUUCUUCUCUCAUGUUCCACUUUCAAAUAGAAGUUAUAUACUUGCAAUCAAGAGGGUUUUCAUUCAGAUAUUUAGGCUUGCUACAACACUAGUAAAUAUUAUCUUGUAAAUAUUGAAAUGAAAACCACAUGUACUUGAUUCUGACAAUGUAUUUACCAUAUCUGAAUUGUAUAUUAAUAGCUGAAUGUUUUUGUGUGUUUAGAUCAAUGGUACUUUUAGAGUAUUCCUACACUUAAUUCUCAGUCAACUGUUCUUGGGGAAGACAAGCUAUUGCCAAAUGCUAAUUGAUUAGCUCAGUUUGACCAAAAGGGGGUUGAAUUUACCAAACAUACACAUAUGAUCUUAUGGGGACAGUUGUUUCUGCCCUAGAAGUAUUAGAAUUUGUAAUGAAAGGACUUGCACAAAGGUAUAUUCAUUCUCCAGCAUCACAGUUCUUUCUCUGGUGCAGUCCUCUUUGUAUUCUUGAAAGGCUUCUUUUGUCUCUGUCUCUCUGUCUCUCUGUCUCUCUCUCUCUCACACACACACACACACACACACAAUUUGAGUAGAAAAUCUUAAGAAUUUUUCUAUCUCAGCUUGGAAGCCUUGCCAAUGUUCCACCUGGCUAACAUGUCAGGAGGCCUUUCAAAAAGGCUGUGUUAUUAAUGGAAAUUUUCAUAGUGGCAACUCCUCUAUCAGAACUUAUCAUGGGGUUUUGUCUUGGUACAUCACUGGAGAGUUCCUAAUAUGCUGGUUAUAAGAUGUUGCAGAUUCACUAGUAUAGAAUUAGUUUAGCUUGUACAGGAAAAUAAAUUGUGCUUAUCAGUUAGAGUGCUUAGAAUUAGAUCUGUCCUAAUUUUUACUUUAAGUUGUGUGAUAUUUAAAAGCAUUUCUAAAGAGUUACUGUCAAAAUUAGAAUACUUGUGUAAAUAAAACUGGAUGUUUUCUUGGCUAGUGAUUGUUCUGCAUAGAUGAUAAAAUAGUACAUAAAGAAAUCCAGUAUUUUUUUUAAGACUCCCAGCACUGCCGAAUAGAAUGACCUCCUUACAGUAUGCUUUAACCUUUGCAACCUAUUGAUUUUAAUCCCAGGUGAAAGAAGUAUCAAGAGUCUUCAUCUAAUAAUCUUUUAAACUUGUCUGUCUAGCACACAUUAAAAGGGCUGAUGUGUAUUAUACCCUUCACUAUGUUAACUAUUUUAUAAUUAAUAUUGAAAUAACAUGUAAGCAAUGAUUAUUUUUGAAGGCAGCUGAAGAGGCUUUGGAUUUCUUUUGCUAGUGUAUAAAGGCAUGGAAAAAUCUAUACAAUUUUAGAUUUUUUUUUUAAUUUAAAGGAUACAGGCAAGUCCCUUAAGUUACAAAUGGGGUAUAUUUAAAAACAAUUUUCUAAGUUGUUUGGAAUUCAAAACACAUUUUACCAUAGAAAAAAUAUUUAUAAAUAGUGGUUAGGUUUCUAGGCUAGCCCAUAAAAGCCUAAUUAAUUCAUAUCGUAGCUGAAUUACAGUACAACCUAGAUCUGGGUCUUUGAGGCUGGGGGUCCAUGGCCCAUAGAGGAGGGAGGACACGGGAAGAGGAAGACAGGGUCCUUCCUCUCCCUUUCCUGGAACAGGGCCAGCUUUAGGCAGAAUUUUUAAGUAAAUAAAGUUUUGUCUUUUACUCCCUUUAUACUUUUGUUUCUGCCUUCCCAUCACAUCUAUUGCCCUUCUCUGCAGAUGCCCAGGUUCCUUCAUGCUGUCCUAACCACUCACCCAUAGCAUCAUAUCUCAGCCCUUCCCUACCCCAAAGUUCUUUGUUACCAACCUCCCAUCUAGUAAACUCCCAUUCCCUUAGUAUAGCUGUUUCAACUAGAUGUCAGGAAAAAAACAAGCUGGUUGCCAAGCUCAUGACUAUUACAGGACAUUGACUUCUUAGCCAUAUACAUGCCUGUUGAGCUCAUCCCCCAGCCUUUGCACUGAACUCUUCCUCCCUCCCUUUUCUACCCCCACCCCCACCCCAACACAUUGGGUGCAGAAAUUGCUAAUCAAUGACUAUGGCUCAUUUAAUUAAUCUACUCUGUCACUGGCUAAUAGCUACCAAACCCUUGUAGAAGUAUAGAAUGCUUGUUAACUGAAACAAAUCUCCCAUUGGUAGGAUCUCAAGGAGCAUUACAAACUGAAAUGGAAAAAUAAAAUUAUAUAGUAUGAGCUGUGAUGGUGAGGUAUUUUGGAAUAGAUAGCCUGGGGUCAGGUUUCCUAAUCUUGCUUUUUAAAACUUCUUUUCCUACUCUUCUAAAGCCACAGUUUCUUUUACAUUUCCAAGGUUUUUCCCCCAGCUUUAUAUUCUACUUGUUUGCUCCAACCCCACCCAAUAUCAUCUGACCAUCUGGAUGGCAUGCUUUGCCUGUCUAAUUGUCCAGUAAUAGAUAAGUGAUCCCUUCUACUGAAUGUGGAGGGAAUUUUUGGGACAGGGGAUGCUUUCUCAAAAGGUAGAGGAGAAGGUAUUGAAUAAGCUUUUUUAUGUAAAGGUGAUUUAUAAGAAGGGCUUCAAAAGUUGAGGACUCUAAUUUUGAAGUUUUUACAAAAAUAGAAUGUCUCUUUUUUUCCUCAUUCUUGUUAGUAACACUAUCUGUAGUUAUAUUUAAAGGACUUCAUCUUCUCUUACCAGUACUUUUCAUGUUAUAUAGAUGAUGUUGCCUGCUAGUCAAAAUGUUAUCUUUUAUAAAAGAAAGUCCUGCUUCUUAUCAUGAUGUAUGUGACUUAAAUGACUGUUUCAUAUUAAAACUAUUCCUUCCUUAUGUACUGUUUACAUAUGCCUCUUUUUGGGAUAUUAGUUCAGUACUUUUAUACAAAUCUGAGUGUGUUCCACAUUGGUGACAUGUAUUUUUGCAACUAAUUUUUUUGAGUUUUGUUCUGAUUAUAAAUUAGAGCAUGUCUGAAUUAACACAUGCAUUAGUGCUGUGGUCUGUGGCAAAAAUACUGUAAUUCAAAUUGGAAAAAAAAAGUUUCCAGACUUUGUCCAACAUUUAUUCUUAUGAAAAAGAAAAUUACUAUGUAAUACUAAUUAUUUCAUAUGAUGGUGUGUUUUAAGCUACUCUAUGAAGUAUGUGAAACAUCACUGUUUAAGGAUUGGUGGCUGGCCUAGUGUCCUUGAACUGGGAGAGAAGGGUAAAUUUAAUGUUAGCAAUUCAUGAUGUUCAUAAUAGAAUAAAUACUUCUUGAAAAAUUGGUUAUCUCUUACAGGCAUAAUUUAAUAGGAAAUGAUUAGCUGGAAAAUAUGGUAUAUGGUAGGAUUAUUUAAUGUGGUUAGUAAUGCGAAUGUGCCAUUUAAUUAUAAAUUUCAAAUUGAUAUUUCAGGCUUUUAAAGCUACACUAUGUGAUCAUCAAUGAACUAAAAUAUAUUUUUGACAUAGUCUUAGUCAUCUAAUUAUUUCACAAAGCUUUUGUAGAUUAGAAUAAAUUCUAUAUAUUUUUUAAAAAUGAAAAUAUUAAAUAGUAUUCCUUCAACUACACCACAUUUUGUACUUUUAGUAAUGCCUUUCUUAUACAGAUCUCCACUAUCAUUCCCUUCCCUUUCCCCCCUCCAAGUAAUAAUGACCAGCAUCUUUUUUAAAUCAUUAGGAUAAUGUAAAACUUCAUUAAUUUGAACAAAACUAAUUCAGAAUUUAUGAUUAUUAAGAUAAGCACUGAACUGGACUUAACUUUUGUAUGCUAUAUGAAGAAAAGUGUUUACAAGGAAAAUUCAUCUAUACAAAAUAAUAAAAAUAAAUGUUAAUCUUAAGAGAACAAAUUGUUUCAAGCACUUUAAAAACAUAUUUUUAUGUUUACAUAUAAUUAAUAUACUAACCACAAAGCAUUAUCUCUUGAUCAGUAGUCCCUCUACCAGACAACACUUCAUCCAAUUCAGAUGAUAAGAACAUGUAUCUUUUGAACAGACUAGAAAUUAUACUUAUUUUAAAAUAUUCUAAUUUUUAUACUUUUUAUUCAAGUCCUGACUUAGUGAAGUCUUACCAUAUCAAUAAUAUGUGUUCAUUUUGACACUACUUACAUGCUGCAGUUAUGCAUCAUAUAUUACAUAGCUGACCUGGUCUUUUUAGUCAUCUCAUCAUGUAUUAAUGAUCAAAUUGAUUGAAGAAAAAUUGGUUUAAGUUAUUGACAUAUAAAAAAUUACAGAUAGGCUAUUAGCAGUCUUUGUGUUGAUUAUGGACAUGACUUUAGACUUGAAUGCACAGUAUUCUUCAUGGGUCUGGUUUUGUGUAUAAAUUUAUAUUUAGAAAAAUUUUAGCACUUUGUUUUUGCCUGGUACUUUAACAUAUUGUUUUUUGAAACCAAUUCUCCCUUUUGAUUCAGUUGUACAGGUUUAAAGAAGUGUUUAUUAUUAAAUGAUUCAUGAAUUGCUAACUCAAAUAACUUUGUGAACAAAUUAAAAUGAGAAAAGACAAUGAUAUGACUUGAAUUGUUUACUCAAAAUGGUUUAGCUUUUUAAUUUGGACAGUAUAAAGGUUACUGUCUGGGAAAUAAAAUUGGCUCACUGAUUGAAUGGUAGGUAAAUGCAUAUUCAGUUAUUUAAGUGCUUCUGACAAACUACAAUUUUCCUUUUUUUUAUAAUAAUUAGAUAAUGACAAGUCAAAUCUAUUUUCUUUAUGAGAAAAUUAACUUUAAAAUGUUUCCUACAAAGUAUAGUUACUUUGUAAAUCAUCUUAUCCUUUUCUCUUCUCCUCCUACACACCAUUCUUAAAUAUAAGACCUUCUGAAGGAAUAUAAUUUAUUGUCUUCCACCUUAUUUUUUUUAUUUGUUUCACAUUACUGUGGCCUUUCAGGUUAGUGGCAAAUAGAAAAGUAGUAAGAAAAGUUACAGUUUCUGCCAUCCAGACAGUUCAUAAUAUGAGUUAUUGUUGGCCUUUCAUUUCAAAGAUUAUGCCAAAUGUCAUGUGUGCAUAGUAAGAGGAGUGUUUGUUUAUCAGAAUACAUCUACUAUUAGUAGAAACUAUGUAUGGCAGGCUUUCUUGAACAAUAUGUAUUGUAAGUUUUCCUAUAUUGUUAUUUUGCAGUAAAUUCUUUCAAAUAAAGCUAAUUUUUAAAGAGAAAA